UUAAAAGUGAUGAGUGGUGUAGCGCAAGGUUUGCAAAUUCUGCAUGCUGCAAAUAUAAUUGUUGGUUCCCUGCAUGAAAAUAACAUAUUUGCUAUUAAUCGAGAGAGAGGAAUAAUUGGAGAUUUUGACUUCACCAAAGAUGGAGCACAAAGAAGUUCUUCCUCUUCAGUAAGUUUUCCACACCUAAGGGCUCCUGAAUUGACUAUGGGACAUCCAGCUUCCAUGUCAUCUGAUAUGUAUGCUUAUGGAUGCAUUCUUUUAUGGCUCUAUACUAGAAAUAAAGAAUUUUCAUUUAAGGAUGAUGGAACAAUUUCCUUACAUGGACUUGGCUUGGAUUCAAAGUUAGAAUAUCUGCUGUCCCACCUUUUGUGCUCUAGAGACCGAAUGCAGGCAGAAAAUGUAAAGUCCCAUGAAUAUUUUCAAAUGACAGAAGAACGUGUUAAUCCCAUGUCUGAUGGGGAAACUCAACAUAUUCCUGCAGAUUUUGCUUGAAGUGUUUACAGACAGAAAUCGAUCCUGCACAAUACAUAUUUUUUUGUUUAAAUAGCAUAUGGGAGAGUACAAGAAUUUCAGAAAUAUUUAACUGUUUUUAAACACCCCUACUAUGGUGUCAUUAAGAAAAAUCUAUUUUCUUUCGGAUUUGUU